AUCUUCCUAGAGGAGGCGUUGUCCUACGGCUACAAGUAGACGGCUAUGAAAUGAUGAAGAAAGGUUUCCUUUCCUUCCUACGCACGGAGGAAGGAAAGGUCCUCCGUGUUCCUACGUGAGUUAGAGUAUAGAGUUUGACACUUAUAGAGUGUACUAGAAGUGUAGUGUAGUUGAGUGGUAGGUCAACUGCGCCCACUACCACGCCACUUCGCCGUAAUGAUAACGCAAUGGACAGCCGUAAUGGCAGCAGAGCGUGUCUGCGUUAACAACGUAGUGAGCGCAGACAAGAAUUAAAAUUUUCAUGUUCGUGUCACGAGUGCUGCAACAGCUUUGUAAAGCUACGCGACCACUUCACUUGCUGGAUGUUUUGGGUGACAGAGCGCUCCUUGAGGCAGCAAGAAACGGCCGCACAGUGAAAGUGGCAGUGGAAGGGAACAUUGGAUCUGGAAAGACAACUUUUCUCGAAGGAUGUAAAAGAUUUGUUGAUACAACAGUACUGAUUGAACCAGUCAACAUAUGGAGAGAUCUACAAGGACACAAUUUGCUGGAACUGAUGUACAAAGAACCGAAGCGCUGGAGCCUCACAUUCCAGACCUAUGUUCAGCUGACUAUGAUGCAGCUGCACUUGGAACCCGUGCUGACCCCAGUAAAACUUAUAGAGCGAUCGCUCCAGAGUGCACGUUAUGUCUUUGUGGAGAACUUGUACCGCAGUGGCCACAUGACAUCUCUUGAGUUGAGCAUCUUGAACCAGUGGUUUGACUGGAUAAAUGGAAAUGUUGCUGUUGGACUGGAUAUGAUAAUCUACUUGAGGACAAGGCCUGAAGUAGCGAUGGGCAGAAUCCAAAAAAGAAAACGUCCUGAGGAGGACCAACUUCCUUUUGAUUGGCUUUGUAAAGUUCAUGAACUUCACGAAGAUUGGCUGCUUGGUCGCUCAAGUUUUCCACUGCCGCCUAAAGUCUUGGUGAUUGAUGCUAACCAGGAUUGCAUUGACAUCCAGAAAGAGUUUGCACGACACUUGCCCGACAUCUUGGAACGAGGACACUUAUGUCAAGCCCCCUUUGCUCUACAUCCUGUGUGACAUGCCACAUUCUUUUGUUUUCGCAUUGUUGGAAUUGGCCAGGCAGGUUUGGUGUACUUUUGUGUUGGUUUUUGGGCUGCACGUUUCUUUGUCAAGAUGAUGAAAGGAGGCUAAAUGAAGGCUGCUGGAAAUACAUGUCAGGAAAUUUGAUAUCUAAAGCUGUAAUUACCAGAAGUAUUCAUGUCAGUUUUUAUCAGUUUCUUAGCAAUCUUUCAUGUCACAUAUAAAUGUGACCAUUGACGAGGCGCUUUAGGUUAAAUUAUAACUUAGUAACUAAUGUGAUUUGUGAGCUUUGUGCCUUGCUGCACUGUAAGUCAUUCUGUGAUUGUGAUGUUUCUUCCUGUCAUAAGAGGACAAUUCAAUCAUUAGGGAAGUGAGUUACUGUAGGCCUGGUUUAUAGAGUUCCGUUAAUGCACUGAAUUUGUAUGACAUGCCAGAUUGGCUUACAGAAAAAGUGUAUUUACUGACAAAGUACUGCCAGUUCUAUUUGUACAACUGACAGUAUGUGAUUGGAGUUGUAAUCUCAAACAUAGUCACCCGUAAUAGUGCCUUCUCUUUGAAUGGUUCUCUAUCUACUUUGUGUCAUUCUUCAUAACUUCAGUGUAAAUGUAGGCCAUUGGAAUUUUGCUUGAGGCAACGUCAUACAGAUUUGGAAAAAAAGAGAAGGUAAAAGGUUUGUGUCCUUCUAAUAAACUACCUGUUCUAAGCAGUAACUAAAGUAUUAGGUAGAAGUGCUGUUAAUCUGUUCAUCCUAUUGUAAUAUGAGGUGCCUAUGUGUUAGCCAUGCCCCCCAGCGGUAGUCUAGUGGCUAAGGUACUCAACUGCUGACCCGCAGGUCACGGGAUCGAAUCCCAGCUGAGGCGGCUGCAUUUUCGAUGGAGGCAAAAAUGCUGUAGGCCCGUGUGCUCAUAUUUGGGUGCACGUUAAACUCCAGGUGGUCGAAAUUUCUGGAGCCCUCACCACGGCGUCUCUCGUAAUCAUAUGGUGGUUUAGGGACGUUGAAUCCCACAUAUCGAUCAAUGAAUGAAUAUGUUGUAGCCAUUCAGAAUUAUCCACAUUAAUGGAAAAAAAAUCUUUUCAUAAUGUCUAUAAGCAUUCUUGCCUGAUGGCAUCGUCAAGCUAUGUCUUUUGCUUAGCAAAGGGCCUUAUAAAGGUAUUAUUGCUUAACAAAAGUGGCUUAUAAAAGUAUUAUUGUGAUUUGGGUUACAUGUUAGAAAUCGGUUUUGCACUAGCAGUUAUUGUAUAGUAAGGCACAUGUGUUGAUAUUGCUAGUUUUGUUUAUUGCAUAUUUAUAGUGCAUCAUUAGCUGUAUUUACAGAUAUUACCUGUAUUUAAUUGAUAGCCCAUUCUCAGCUUAUGAUGGCUAGCCAUAUGUUAUAAAAGUCCGGCAGUUUAGAAACGUAAUAUCGCAACAGCAACUCAUGUGAGCAAUGCCUUUGUGGCAGAAAAACAGCUAUCUUAAAAUUUUACUGCGAUCGUUGUGGGUUACAUUGAAGAUGGUUGAAACGUCUUUUUACAAGAUAUGUGUGAUUCUGACUUUUCAUGAACUUUUUUUUUUUUUUUUGGUAAGAAUGUUAUGUUGAAAAGCCUAUCUGGGUUCAUAGAAGUUUCCCUUUUUCGUGGGCUUUCAUAUGGCAGUAUUGGUGUUCUUGAUUUUAUGGUGGUGUGCAUUAUAUUUUUUGAUGUCUUAAGCCCUUAGUAACACGAUUUGAAUAACAUGAUUUGAAUAUAUUCAGAUGGGUGGCUGAAUAUAUUCAGAUGAGUGGCUGAACAAUUGUAUCUCUUACCCUUGCUUGCAUUUAUUAGGCUAUUUUUCAUGUGUAUUACAUUUUGCUGUGUACUCAUUUAUUACAUAAGGAAGAAGUUUUCACGCACUCACUAUUAUAGACUUCACAUUUGUAUUACAUCAUCAUAAGAUGAGUAUAAGGCAUCAAAACCCAUACUUUACAGUACAUGCAAAAACUAUAAGUGGAGAGGGUAGAGCCAGGACACCUGGACCCCAUCCCUUCCCCUCUGCAUGUUGCUGUAGAGUUUAGAAAAGUUUAUACACAGCACUGGGUGAGAAAUUUACAAGUGGGGCUGCUAUGUGGUACAUAGCGUUGCCUUUUCCAAUGCUAAUGCCUUGUCACAUGUCAUCGGUGGUCACAGUGACAGUUUGCCCAUGUUAGCAACUGGAUCAGCUGGCUGUAUUGCUGGACGAUAAGCCUAGCGUGUAGAAAUAGGUAAAAUGCACCAACACUAAAUACCAGCACUGUCACUUGCGACUUUGCGCACAAACUUACUCAAUUGUCGGUAUCAUUUCACGCAAUUUAAUGAUUAUGUUGCAUAUUUCUGUGCACCUCGUUCUUUUUUUUCAUGCUGCUCAACUUUUCCCAAUCAUGGAUGCUUGAUGUGUACGCUUGUGUUUUGAAGCUUAGGCGCUUCCAUAUUUCACAAUAAACAAGUCAUAGUUGAA